AUGGCAGCAAUAUCUUAUGAUGAGGCUCAGUCACGCUGUGAAAAAAGUGGCUAUAAUCUAGCAAGUUUUACUAGCCAGGCGGAGAUUGGCCAAAUGGAAACAGUUAUGACUGACAAAAACUGGGAAUACUGGACAGGACUUAAGUAUACAAAGUCCACUGACUCUUGGAAAUUUACCGAUGGAACCGAUACCCAGUUCGCGUCACGCUUGCUUUGGCUUAGCAAUACAAACUCACAAUGCGUGCUGAUUCGUGGUGACGGAACAUUACGUGCAACUCACUGUGAUGGUGAUUGGAAAUAUAUUUGUUGUCGUGUUGAUCAAGAUCACCCUCGAACAGUUCCUCCUACUUCAUCAGGUUAGAGCUAGUAAAUUAGUAUCGCUUCAUCUUUGAUAGGCAAGACCUAACUCAGUUAUCUUUUCGUAAUAAAAUCUAUAAUAUCUUGCACGUUUAAGCUAUAUCCAUAGUAUAUGGAACUUGCAAUUUGUAUGGAAAUUAGAUUUCCAUACUAUUUUCAACUAAGUUCCAUAUAAACAGCUAUUUCAAUUAAGGUUGUCCACGAGCAAAGCGGAAAAAGUUUCCUGAGUCUGCAUGUUGUGGUAUAUAGGCUAGAAUGUGUUUUCAGAAUUUAACAAAAUGUAUGUUAUUCUAUAAAAUAAAACGUACAAACAGCGCUUCAUUUGUAUGAGCUGUAUAAAGUUCUUUAUAUCGGGAAAAUGUUAUUUUUAUAACUCUAUAGUCCCUGCGAAUAUAGUAAAUUCUAAAUGCACACAAUUCGUUUUUCUAGUCUAUGUUGACAAAUGGACUAAUUGCGCACGUCUUGCCCAACUAGGAUACUGUACCAGGUGGUUUUUUCGCUUGGUCAUGACCAGAUACUGCCAAACCUUUUGCGGUAAGUAUUAAGGAAAACUGUUUUAUUAUAUCGUUUUAAAUUAUCCUAAUUAGAAAAUAAUUGUUUAGUGCUGAUAAACAUAUUAAUUCUCCAAUGCUCAGAUCCAUACAAAUUGGACAAAACUGCUUAGAAUUUUAUUGUUUGGAAAUGUAUUUCGGUUGUUCGUACAUGGAGAGAAAGUGUCAAAUACUGUCAUGUUUAUAAUGUCACUUUAGACACUUGUGAGUUGUAUGUCAACGCGUAUUUCGACUUGUUAUACUGUACUGUAAAUAUAAUUUAGACAUAGUUAGAAAAUUGCCUAAUUAGUAAAUUGGGGCUUUCUCGAGGUAUGAACAACUGAAUUGUAGUACUGGUUAAUACUUUACAUUGUACCCAUGAUUUAAUUUGUUCAUACUCCUAUAGGAAAUACUGAAAAUAGUCAUGUUUAAUGUUAUUGUUGUUGUGUCUAUAUAGUCUAUAUAGAGUUUAGGAGGACAAGAUUGGAAAAAAGUUGUAACUUUAUGUGUUUAUCCUCAAUAAAUAAAGUGUUAUUAUUAUUAUUAUUUCCGAAAUGGAGGUUUCUAUAGUGUAUAUAUAUUCCUUUUGACGAAAAAAUUGUCAAAAUUUAGUACUCCAGCUGGAGAAAAUAGACCAUGUGAGGAAUGGAGCAAUAAACUAUUGCACAACACCAGGGGCGAAUCUAUCCUUAUCUGUAAGGAAGGUCCAAGUUGUCCAUACUGCCCACUCUCCUCUGCAGUCUGGGACAGACAACACUAUUUCACAACACCAGGGGCGAAUCUGUCCUCAUCUGCAUCACAGAUUAAGUACAUACCAGAUGUGUAACUUCAUAGGACUUCGUGUCCACAAAUUUCCCUGAGCUGUGCACGUAUGCACACGUCAUGACACUUGUUAGGAAGAUGGCGGAGUAACAUGGCGUCAGCCCGAACAUCUUUUGCAUCAGUGUUUUGCAUUAUUUCGCGGUCUUAUUGGAUCGAACUUUUUGGAUUGAAGUCAUUGAACAAUCAGGACCUUUUUGGAUUGAAGUCAUUGAAUGUUAAAUGAAAUUUACAAUAAUGGCCAUUAAGAUGUUUUUAGAAGGGCAUGAAAGCAAUGACGUAUUACCAAAUAACGAAUUAUCCAGCGAGCGACACUUGCUAGGAAGAUGGUGACCGUGGGACAACUUUUUUACUGAAGUUACAAAUCUGUUCAUACUUAAUCUGUGUUUGCAAGGAGGGUCCAGGUUUUUCAUACUGCCCACUCCCCUCUACAGUCUGGGACAGCCAACAACAGGUGGGAUGUGCCCCACCCCCUGCACCACUAUUGCAAAACACCAGGGGCGAAUCUAUCCUCAUCCUGCCCACUCUCUUCUGCAGUCUGGGAUAGACAACACUAGUUGAGGUGCGCACACUCCUCCGCCCCCCCCUGAACCCCCAUGGUAGAUCCGCCUCUGCACGGCAUAUACACUUCACGAAUGUCGAUAACAUUUUGUUCUGUGAAUGAAAUGUCAACAUGCGGAAAAUCGGAAAUGAUGUUUUUCUUACUGAUUUAUGUGUUUAAUAUAAUUUGUCACCACAAGAAGUUACGAAAGGCGGCAGAAACAGGACAUAAGUCUCAAUUGAUAUCUAUCACUAACCUUACCACUUUUUCUUUUUUCAAGGAAAUGAUAAAAGUGUCAUUACAGCUAACAUAACUCUUGGAGGAAGUGGAAUAGUCGAAUUAAUUUCAAAGCCUAGUGAAGCCGCUGUGGCAACAGCGACUACUGGGCAGCAAGCAUCUAAAUUUACAUCACCAGCUGACACGCAAAAUGUGACAAUAAUAGCUGCAAAAAAUCCGGGCUCUUCUGCUGCAGGAAUACUUGCCUCAUUCAGCAAUGGAAUUGUCACAGAUGAUUCGUGGAGAUGUAGGAAAGACCCUAGCAAUCUUAAUAAAUGGGAAAAAGCCUCAACAUAUCGUAGAAAUGAUUUGAACAUUAGCUGGAACCAAGCCAUUUCGGAAAUCAAACAGAAUGCGCAAUGGAUAUGGGUAAAAGAUUUGAGUGCAUCCAGGGUGCAGUGUAAGCGAAACCUAG